AUGAUGCCGCAAAUGGGGAAUCUGAAGCCAGCGCAAAUUCCAUGGGAGAUGAUAUCGGUUGACUUUGUCGGCCCACUCACACGUUCCAAGCGAGGAAACACGGUGUUGUUGGUAGUAGUAGACUGGAUCAGCAAAUACGUGAUCGUCAAGCCAAUGCGGCAAACAGAUUCGCAGAAAAUGUUUUUAGAAGAAGAGGUCAAUAACGUCGAACGCGUCAACCGAGUCGUAGUUACUUGCAUCCGAGCGCUGCUGGAUGGCGAUCAUCGAGAGUGGGAUGAAAAGUUACCGGCAAUCACGGCGGCAAUAAACGCAGCAAGGCACGAAGCAACGGGCGUAAGUCCACACGAAGCCAAUUUCGGACGGAACCUAUUGUUGCAUACGGACCUCUACACGCAACAAGAACUUAACACGCCAGAAGAUCCUAAGGUGGCGCAGGAAAUGAGACUGUCGACCAUUCGCCGGAUUCAGAAGAUGCUGGUUGAACGAAUCAAAAACAGCCACCAACGAGCAAAACAGCGGUACAACCUUCGCACGAGAUCGGUAGCAUUCAAGGUCGGAGAUCUGGUAUGGAGACGCUCAUUUGUACUAUCGUCGAAAGCAGAACAGAUAAACAGUACACUAGAACCGAAAUUUGUUCCGGCCAUCAUCAAGGAAAUCCUCGGUGGAAAGAAAGGCAGAUAUCACGCGAAGGAUAUCAAAGCCGACUAA